GCCGCCCGCGGGGCUCUGCAGCAGCCCGAUUUCUUCCCGCAGCAGCAGCAGCAGCAGCAGCAGCAAACUCUGCCCGUCCUGCUCCGCAUGGGAGAGGAGUACUUCCUGCGCCUGGGCCACCUCACCAAGCGCCCCGCCGGCCCUUUCUCCGCCUCCUCCGGCGGCCACCUCCGGCCCGAAGCCUCCGCCGAGUUGUUGCGGGCGGCCGCGGCGCAGCUGCAGCGGUCGGGGAGCCCCGAAGGGGACGAAUGAGCGGGUGAGGCGGUGGAAGAGAAGCGCUCCGAGGAGCCGCCCAUCUCCCUGGACCUGACU